AUGGAGCACGAGCACCAUUCACCUCUUACCCAACAAGGCCAUGGCCCAGAGCCCAUGGUGCCGGCUAGCAAUGUGCUAUCGGAUUCAGUCCCUAGGGGACAGCUGCCGACAGGAACAGAACUCGAGGAUCUCGUCCGGCUCUACUUUUCCUCUGUUCACCAUUUCGGGUUCUUUGCAUUUAUCCACCAGUUCCACUUCAAUCGCCUUCUCGCCAAGGGCAAAGCCCCUCGCGAGUUGACCCUUAUGAUGAUUGCCAGCGCGAUGCGCUUUGCCGCCAAGCCCACUCCAGAGAACCUGGCGAGAGCAGAUGCUUGGGCAAGCACGGCGAUCGAGAGCCUUCUUCCCCGUAUCUAUAAAGGUUUUGGAGUAGUCCAGCUAAUGGCUCUCCUCCUUGCCCAACACUACGAUCUAAAUCGUGGCAACUUUACAUCUGCCUGGUUGUUAGGUGCCAACUGCACAAGAAUGAUGCAAAUGAUGUCCUUGCAAACGUUCGACCGGACCUACCCUACAAAGUUCGCCUCAAAUCUGCGACUAUCACCCCUUCUCUCCUGCGAAGCCCUCCGACGCGUUGCCUGGUCUACCUUUUAUGUCGAUACCAUCGUCGAUGGAGGUCGAUACGGUUUUCACAUUGUCGAUGAGAAGGCUUAUCGUCUCCAGCUUCCCUGCGACCAAGCGAGCUUCUUAGCCGACGAGACGGUCAUAACUGAGCCGCUUUUCUACAACCCUACUAACGCUAAUGCUGAUAAUCCCGAGCGUGCGCCUCUUGAUAUGUCAGCAUACCUCCUUCGAACAGCAGCCGCUCGUCGUCGGGCAUUACAUUUUGCCUUUCGCGCCUCUCACAGUGAACAGACCGUUGAACGGCUAAUGGAGGAGCUGGCCGCCAUUGAGGCUGAUGUAGAAGAGGUUAUUACCGCGUUGCCCAAGCGGUUUCAUUUCAACACCGACAAUAUGUUUCUGCAUCGUGAUCGACUGAUCACAUUUAUUCUCCUGCACAUUUUACGCCAUAACCUUUUCAUCGUCAUUGGUCGAGCUGCCCUACAAAUAUAUCAGCGGGAUUCGGCCAAAUCAGAGCUCAUAGCCGGCGUGCGGCGGAACAGGAUUUCUCAUGCUCUACCAAUAGCUGGCCUUAUCUCAGAGGGUCUAAAGGCGGAUAUCAGCUUUGAUCCACAGGUUGGGGUCCAGGCAUAUGUCGCCCUAGAAAUCCUUCUAUUCGAGCCACGUCGCUUGGCUGAGACAGAUCCUUUCGUCGAUCCCAAAGCGCCCGAGCUGAUGGAGGCGAUCCCUCACCUGCUCACUGUGGUUCGGAACAUUGCAGAUCGAUCCGAGUUUGUCAAGCAGCUGCAUAUCGAAGCCGUUCUUCGGCUUCUACGAUGUGACUUUGCGCACCUCCUAAACCAAAUCGACUUUGUCGCAUUUCGAAGCGAGUAUCGGCUAGUUGGACAAGAUGCUGCUGAGUACGAUUUCCGUGACUUCCGAUGGGCGAAGCUCGAACGGAUUCGUCAAGGCGCUGAGUCGUCCACCAACGCGGCGUGCGACGAGGCUUUACUCGAGUACAAGGUAGGUGAAGAAACUGCACCACCCUCGACGGCGCCUUCACCACGCCUCGAUGCGAUGGACGUCCGGCACGCUAUUAGGGGACCUUCGGUGGCCCAUUCGCUACCAUACUCUGCCUCAAAUGCGCUCAAUCUGUCUGAAGCGCAGAGUGAAGGGGCUGGCGUAGCGCAGACCGCGCAGCCCUGGUGGGGACUCGCCCAAUCCGAAAACGCCGAUCAAGCGUUUUCGCUCGACUAUUCAUGGCUCUUGGAUGAAUCAGGGCUCCCAUGGGACCAGGCUGAUGACCUUACGAGGUCUCUAUCCCAAUUUUAA